ACAUUGGGACCUCCUUUUUUGUUCUCCGCAAACAAAAACGCAUGCCUUUGGCCACCAACUCUGUUCCUUCCGCCUCCCGAACUGGUCCGUCCCGAAUCGUGCGGUGCCAAGGCCUAGCAAAAGUGCGUGAACACACGACGACGGUAUUUUACGGUGGGUGUGGUGGUGGUAGUACCCAGCAGAAGCAGCAGCAGCAGCAGCAUCCAUUGCCAAUUUUUUCGCUACAAUCAAACGACGCCAAAGCCUCCUCAAACGUGAAAGUGUGUGUGUGUGUGUGUGAGUGUCGAGUGUGUGCAAUUCAUUAGAAAAUGUUUUGAUCGAAAGAAACGAACCAUCAACCAAACCAGUUUGCUGCCAAUCCAAUCUUCCGCACGGUGCGGCGGAAGCGUCCAUUUUUUAUCCCCGUCACUACCCCAUCAAAAAGCAUCAAGGGAGGGUGGUGAGAAAGUGACAUCCUUCUUAGUGACCAUUUUUUUUUAAAUUAUUUUUUCGCGCUCCACUUUCUGGUCGCAAAAGGAACACGCCUGUGGGCUGGCUUCCUCCACGGGGCGUGAGUGAGGGUGUGUGUGUGUGUGUAUAUGCGCGUGAACUGGAGUGCUUCACCGCCGUUCGCAUGAAGCGUCCUCCGCGCCCAAGACAGCCGAGAUUUGCGAACCAAAGCUAAAAAGCGGUGCCGCGAGGGGGGCAACGAAAUAUGACAGCUCCUGCUUGCAUUGCUUCAGCAAACAGAAAACUCGCAACUGGUCGGCUGACUGGCGAUAAUAUGUGCUGCAGAACCAUCAUCACCACCACCACCAACACCACGAACACCGCCGCCGCCAUCGACAGCAGCCGCUGCUAAACCGGAGGAAAAGUAUUUUAAAAGAAACCGUGCAUAAAACGGCGCGCGACAGGAUGGAGAACGAGUCGUUGCCGAUUCUGCUGAUCACCGCGAACGUGGGAAGCGUGUUCGAAGACCCCUCCAACUUACUGCACCUAUGGAUCAAAGAGUUUCUGGAUCACAUCGCGGCCCGGCAGCCGGCAUUUAUCGCGCUCCAUCUGCAGGAGGUGGGCGGCAAAACGUACGAAAAGUCCAUGGAGUACGUGCAGGAAUUCAUCAAGCAGCUGUGCGAGUCGGACGAGCUGCAGGGCUACAACCGUAUCCGGGUUUACCUGGACGAAGACUACAACUCGGCGGAACACUUUACGGCCCUCGGGAACUUGUACUUUGUCCGGAGCACGGUCAGCCACGUGCUGAUGUGGAACUUUCUCACGCACGAGUGGGACUCCGUCGAGGGCAAGAGCAUCCACACCGGCAGUAUCGAAACGGUCGCUACCAAAGAAAAGGCAAAGUUUCCUCAACAAUUCUUCCCCGAGUGCAAAUGGUCGCGCAAAGGGUUUCUUCGUACGCGCUGGUUCCUGAACGGAACCGUCUUUGAUCUGGUUAACAUCCACCUGUUUCACGAUGCGUCCAACCUGGAAGCGUGCGAAGAGUAUCCCUCGGUGUACUGCAAGAGCCGGCGCCGCGCCCUUGUGCACACGCUGGAACGAUUUCACAAAGAUACGGUAAACCGACCAGUGCCAUAUUUUGUUUUCGGUGAUUUUAAUUUUCGCUGCGACACAGAGGGCGUCAUCAAGAAGCUCACCGAAGAUCUCACAAUGCAUCGGGUACAGAACACGAAAAACGACAGUACAAAAGUGCAAUAUCGGGAUGCAACCGGCACGAAUGUGCUGACGGUGGGGAAGAAGGAAUUUUUCCACUGCGAUCAGAGCACGUUCAAGGAAGGCUGGCUGCGUCAGUUCGACCGCGAGCUGGAAUCGCUUCGCAGCAUCCUGUACGAGUUUCCCAUCACGUUCCCACCGUCCUACCCGUACGAGGAGGACCCGUUCCAGCCGGUCUCGUACAUGGCGACCCGCUGUCCCGCCUGGUGCGAUCGAAUACUGGUAAGUCCGGCGGCCCGCAAGCUCGUAUGGGAGCACGGACUGGACGAAGGCAAGCCCGGCGGCGAUGGUGCCGGUCCCGGCGCCAGCACUAGCACCGUUAGCUACGGUAUUAUUGGUGCGAACGUCUGCAUGGGUGAUCAUAAGCCGGUUUUUCUCAGCUUUAGAAUCAAGACGAGUCAAGGUAUUGUAGAUAAUUGCUCCUGUGAUACGCAUGUGCCUAGAAAGCUGCGUGUUGAACACCCUAUUUAUCGUAACAGUGCAAGUAUGGAUAGUAGUAGUAAUAAUAACACGAUCGUAGUAAGUCUUAGUAGUUAUGGUAGUACUGCGGCCGGUGGUGCCAGCCCGUCGCCGGACGCCGCCCUGAUCCGCCAGCUGGCUGCCACCGCGGCCCAGUGUAGCGAUAGCAGCAGCAACACUAGUGCCGCCGCCACCACCGUCAUUCCGUUUGGGCCGCCGCUCGAUGUGGCUGGCGGCCGGUUCGCCUACCACCAUCAGCUUCACUACCCGUCCGCUUGUCCCAAAUGUGCCGCCCGCAUCGAGCAGUGCUACGCGCAGAAUCUCCUCGCGCUCGAACCCCCCGGCACCACCGGCACCGUGCCGGUGGCCGUCGCUGCAGACGGCAAAGAGCAAUCGGUGUCGUCGGGGGCGGUGGCAACGCCGCCGCCACUUGCCCACCUCGAAACCGGUCAGCAGGCGGCGGGACCGCUCGAAUUACUGUCGCAAGCCUGCUUUCGGUAUCAGCAUCCGCUGGUCAGCAUUAACGUGUUCGACACGGACAGCAACCUUAACGUAUGCAUGUGCGCACUGUACUGUAACGCGGGCGGGGACGCGGGCAAGGGCGCCUCGGCGGCGCGUAACGGAGACGAGCAGGAGCUGGCGGGGGGCGGCAGCCCCACGAUCUGUCCGAACUGUCGCAACAUCAUCAAGCACCAGCCGGUCGAGCACCGGAAAACGCUCAUCUCCCGCCGGAUGAUGCUUGCCAACGACGUGAUCGUGAAUCGCAUCGACACCCACUACCUGAACACGUACUCGUUGCCGCCGGGCGGUGGAGCGGGAGCUUAUAGCAAUGGUGCGGGCGGGCAGCAGCAGCAGCAGCAGCAGUUCGAACCGUACACGCCGGAGAGUGCGGAAUCUCACUCGCCCCUGCCGGAGUCGAGCGAUAGCAGCAAAGCCUCGCACAGCACCAUCCCGACGAACGACAGUGACGGACCGGCGGAAGGGGACGGCCGCCGGGCGGGCUCGAAAUCCGUGCCCACCGGCGAGGAACCGGCUGGUGUGGAGCAAAAAGGCGGCGGCUCGAAAUCGGAAACCGAUUUGCCAUACUCGAUCGCGCCGGGCCCGGCCAGUGAUGCGAAACGGUCGCAGGCGUCACAGCAGCACCAGCAGCAGCAGCAGCAACAGCAGCACCGGGGAGCAAAGCUGACCGACGGUGGCAGCUUCGGGGGCGUUUCGCCCCGCCAGCUCAUGUCGCGGCUCGAGAAGCUGAAGCGGCUGGCGGACGAACGGCGCAAACAGUACGGCGAAUGGACGCGCAGCUUCUCGCAGUCCGACACCAGCGCCAAGCAAACCAAAGCUUCUUGCACCACCACCACCACCACCACGGAUGCCCCGUCCACCGAUGAACCGGUGCCGACGAUCGACAGUAGUGCGGCCGAACCGGCAGAGAGUGCGCUGCUCGUACGAUCGGCGAAUAGCAAUAAUCAUUUUAACAGCCACCACCACCGCCACGAUGAGCCAGCUGCUGCUGCUGCUGCCGCUUCUGCUGCGGCGACGGCAAACGUCACUAGCUCGAUUGCAAUACGCAGGGACUCGGUCAUAGCAAACUGCUGUCGCGGUAUGUGCACAAUACUAUAGCGGGGGAGAGGGAAAUUCGAAUAUUUGAUGAUCGAAUAUUUUAGCGUACAUAUUUAGGCACAACCACCAAAACUACCUUCAAUCGUAACGACAGCAUACGAGCUUCUUGCAGGUGGCUCAGGUUGACUACUUAUCUUAGGGAUCUUUACUUUUAAUGCGCGACCGAAAAGGGGAACCGUACGACGGUAGAGGGAUGGACGGAUGUGUUUGAAUGCUGCAGCUGAGUGGAUGCAGAGCGCAGAUGCAGAGUCAUUUCCAUGGAUGGUAUUCACCUUUACACAAAUCGCCUGUACACGCUCCAAGAGGGGCAACCUUUCGUACUUAUCAUCUCAAGACAGCAGCUACCUCAACUCGGUUGUGCAUAUCUUGUGCGGCAAACUUAAUGGUGCCACUUAAACGCCCCACUAACUCACUGGCGAAAACGGACAGAGCCGGGAAAAUGAAAAGCAUUAGUGCCAAAAAGAAAAGAAAAAGAAAAACAGUGUGGUGUGAUGGGCAAAACAACAGCCCACCCUUCUCCUCCGUGGGCUGUGUUGCUGCUAUAAGAAUGGGUUUAAAAUACCACUACGCACAGCUACUAACACUACUACAAAAAUGCUACUACUGCUAACCAAUACUACCACUACUCGCUUGCUCGUACUGUUGUUGUUGUUGUUAUUGUUUGUUUUAAGUAGUUCCCCUCCCCUUUGCGUCACUACAAUUUUCGUUUCCCCAGUAGUGCGGCACCCUUAACCGUUUUGCCGUAUUUUUAUGUGUGUGUGUGUGUGUGUGUGUUUAACAGUUUGCACAGUGUUGUCUGUUUUUAUUUAUUUAUUUUUAUAUUAAUUUACAGUGUGGUUACUGUUUUUGAUGCACUUACGGUUAGAAAUUAGUCUGUUUUCGUUUGUCAAUAUGAUUGGAUUUAUUCUUCUCCUCUGUAUGAAUGUUGGCAGCCUUCAGUUCAGUUUUUUUUUUCACAUUUUUGUUUGAGACAAAAAGCAAGGCUGCUACUGAGUUCUGGAGCUGUGAUCAUUCUGGGUAGCCAAUAUUCAUUACCUGCUAGAAUUUCAAAUUUUAUUCGUCACUUACAUAAUAUCUUCUCCUCAUCCUGGAAGUCUCAGAUGCUACUCGGGAUUCUGCCAGCCUAUUCCGCUUGCCGGACCUCCGACAAUGAUCUUUCAACGGAGGUGUGUGUCUUCGUAUGCGAAGGCCCAAUAACUGAGCAUUGAUAACCAUAACAGUUCAGUUUGCAAAUCAGAAGUCUCUUCUGCAGUAGAUGUUUUCAUUCUCCUUUUUUUUUCGCAAAUAUGCGUUCCGUCGUAUGACACAGCUUCUGAUCUCCUUUUUUUGUUUGCAAUAUAGUCUUCAUAGUCAGUCCCAUAGUGAAACAGUAAACUCUUCAGAUGGUUGUUUCGUUCAUUCAUUACACAACAUUGUAAUGUCAUUGGCUUCCGGGAGAUCAGUUUAAGCCGAGGUGGUUACUGUUCGACGAACUGUUCGAAGCGGAUUGAUUGAACCCGGCAUUUGAACGUCCAGGCUAUCAUAGGAACCCGAAGGGAUUUCCCUUACUGGAAACGUUGAAGCUUUGCGGCCUUAUGGGUAGGGAUACAUUUCCAAGCUACAUUCCAUUCCAUUCCAAUCCAUUCCAAGUAGUUGUCUACAAGGAAGAAUUCCAAGGAAGAAACUCUACAAGGUAUAGAAGAUAUGCCUGCACAAGAUGUCCUCCGGCGCCGUGUGGAAUUUUAAAAUUCUAUUGACAGUGGAUGAUUUUGAUCAUCAGAUAAGCAGAAGUUAAAAGUUGUAGUGUUUAAUUUAAUUUAAUAUUUUUGAAAAGGUUCUCGACCUAUUGAUCCUUAAGACAUGAGACGUUAUGUUAUGAACCAUAACCGGGUCGCCUGGUCGCCUGUUUGGUAUGGCACUGAAUUGUUUCUGCUGGUCGUGGGUCGAUCCUGUUCUCCCAAUCCUGGAAAAAACGAGACGAUGUUACGAUCGUCUGCAUAUCCCACUCGACGAGCAUUCCGCUCAAUUGCUUGGUGAUCACACGGGGGUGUUCUUCUUCGCGGAUGUGCUCGAGGACAUUAAUCUUACUCGUUCCGAUUGGUCGCCGGGUGAUAGACCCUCAAGCAUUGCAGAGCAAGGCUUCCAGGCUCGAGAUUCUAGACUCCUUUCUUGGGUCGACCUGUAGGGAACUACCACUUUCCACUCCAAUUAGCUCCCUCUGGAGCUCACUCAGGGGGCUGUACGCCAACCUUGAUCGAAUUCGGCUCCCGGCGAAAAACUUCCGCCAAUCUCUCGAGUUGCACUUUCACACUUGGUAAAAAUCAUUAUUGUUAAAUGGUCACGCCUAUAGUUCCUUCACAUUGGUCCUACAAUUUGGUUCUUUCAACUUCUCUAUAGGUUAUUUGUGCUGGCGUGGAGUUGUGCUGCUCUCAAUGCUUGCUUUUGCAUCAGAGCUUUCCCCAUGUUCCAGAUGAAUAGCACCAGUUGGAUAGUGCAGAUCACUUAAAGAAACCAUAUUUGUAUGUCCUGAUUAUCGUGAUCAGCCGAGUGUUGUUUCAAUGUAUUCACAAUACUAACUUGGACAUCGCCGUCUAUGCUGUUGGGCUUUAAAAAUGUAUAAUGCCAAAUGUAUACGAACCACAACAAGAAUAUACAUAUGCUACCAGUAUUGCAGUUUCGUGGAGUUCUUCGUAAACAUUUGGUUGGUGCAAAAUUUGAACCUUAGGAUCCUCAGAAUGUGGUCGUGAUGCGCUGGUCAGCAUUUCCUGUUUGUGGCGAUCGCCCAAUGUUGUGGUGCGCUGGUCAAUUGGUCCGAUGGGCGUACGUGUUGCUACCCACGUAACUAUAUGUAAAUGCCGGUGUUGUCAAUAUCACUGGUAUCGCUCGGCAUCGGUCAAUGCCUCACUGUAGUUGUUUUGGUGCAAUAGAAUUGCUGUCUGUUUAAAUCGUUCGGAGUCGUCCAGAUUCAGUUAGAGUCGGAGCCUUCCGGAGUCAGCCCGAGUCGACCUUCGGAACAAUGGCCUGUAUAUGAAGUAAACGCACAAAGUAAGAGA